AUGUCUGGGAGCUCAAGGGACAGCUCUCAUGCCAAGGAAGACACCAAAGAUCUAUCCAAAUUGAGAGAAUGGAGCCCCAUGGCCCAGGUUCCCCAGUCUUCGUUAGGCCCCGAUUCACCGUUUACUGGUAAUGACAACAACAGCCAAGGGCGCCAAAACUUCAAUGAUGAAGUUGUUGUUUCUGAUGCAAUGGCUAAAAACUCUCGCGAACUACUGUACGCCCACAUUUACAACUACUUAAUAGAGCAUCAACAUUAUUCUACGGCCCGUCGGCUCCUGGACGAGGCUGAUGUACCGCUUUCGAAGCCAUCAUCAGAAGAUCGACCAAAGAAAGAUGAGUUAUUGCGAACCAAAAUGUUGAUGAGUUCUCGAGAUACCUUUCUGUGUGAGUGGUGGGACUCACUUUGGGCCCUCCAUAACUUUGUCGAAAAGCAACCUUUGGACAAGAUGUCGAACAGUCAUCAGUUCAACGAGCCUGUAAUGCCCAUUUUGCCUCAACGACUUACUGUAAAUCAGGCCAUGCCCACUUCUCAUCCAAACUGGUCCCAACAACAGCAUCUUCAGCAACAAGCUCAACAACAGGUUCAGAUUCAAGUCCAGCAGCAGCAAGUCCAGCAACAGCAAGUCCAGCAACAACGAAUGGAACAGCAACAGCAGUUCCAGCAACUGCAGCUACAACAGCGGCAGCUACCGCAGCAGUAUUUCCUACUCCAGCAACAAAGACUGUCACAAGGCCAACAACGAUCUGGUCAAGCAAUGGAGCAACAGCAACAACAGCAACAACAGCAGCAACAGCAGCAACAGCAACAACAGCAACAACGGCAACAACAACAACUCCACCAAGGUCAAAUACAAGAACAGCAACGUCAGCCACAGCGACAGCCGCAACAACAACCUAAGCAAGGGCUGGAGCCACAGCGGCAUGACCAGCAGCACCAUCAGUACUACCAGCAACAAGGCCACUCUAGUCCAGACCGCGCUGUUUCCACAUCAGGAAGCGCACCACCUUCUAUGAUACGUCCUCGGGUAAAUGAUCUUGGUUCUUCAGGACCUAAUGCGUCACCCACGUCUCCAUCGAGACAGACCGCCGCGGCAUAUUCACACUCUCAGAGUGUACAGGGAUUAAUGCGGACACCUAGUGGACCAGUCGGAUCGACUACAGGAAGAAUACAAAAGGAAGCACCUGGCGCACAAGUAACAUUGAAUGGAGGCCACCCUUAUGCCACCAGCUAUCCACUCCAGCAUACUCCCUCAAAUGCCGAACUGGUUCCUGGCUAUGAGGAGAUCAUGUUAGACAAGGAACGCCAAAAUGGUGAUAGGCUCGCGGCCGGCGGCGUGGCUAUUGUACCUGAUAAUAUGACCUCCAUGGAACAUGAACAUGCUGUACUGUUCGAGAGAAGUCAGACAGGGGCGGAGAGUUUGAACGCUGGCUCAGAAUGGAGGGACGUGCAGCAGCAGUCACACGAACAGGCACCAAAAUCAUUUUACAAGACUCAACAGCAAGAGUCUCACCAGCAACAAGAGCAAACACACAGAAUGUCUCAAGAACAACGACAUCGAAUACAUCAACAACAGCAGCACUACAAACAGUACCAACAACAGCUCCAACAAUAUCAAGUACAGCCCCAACAGUCGCAACACCUUCCAAAUAAUCAGAUGUACUCUUCAAAGAGGCCACAAUCGAAUCAGGCUACUCCAUACUCUACUUUGACCCCAGAACCAUCCACAAAUUCACUUAAUAUACAAAAUCAGAGGCACGGCACACAGCAUACCGCAGAAGAUCACCCACAGCAAGGUCAUCGACAAGAAUUGAAUCAAAGACAUCAGUCAGAUGUGUCUAACGGACACGGAGAACUGUUACAGCACCAGCGGGUAUCACUUGCUAGGCAAAAUUCAGCAAGGCGGAUCAAUGCUGAAUAUCCCUCGAGCGAACCUUUAUCGAACCACGCUGACCCCUUUACAGCCAAUGGGGUGCUCGACCACUCUAGUAACCUGAAUAUGAUGAUGGUACAACAACAGCAACCAGGCAAUCCUUCUUUAACCACAGGAAUGUCCGGAAAAAAUGGUAACCAAACUACAACUCAUCCACAUCUUGAUGCCCUUACUGGCGAGGCGUCUAAUGAAAAGAUUACCAGAGAGCUGCUAGGAAAUGGUGUACCGUUGCGUCAUUCCGUCUCGUAUCAUGACUAA